UCGAAACACCGCAUUURCACACGAAASCGAAACUCGCAUGACAUGCUAUGAGUACAUCAUGCAGGCGUGGCACUUUGRACUUUGUGCUAAAGAGCUGAUCGAAGCCAACAACAUUUGAAACCGAAAACUCUGAUCACAGGGGCGACCAGCCGGUAAUUGACGAGUGCUUUCUCAACAUACAUGUAUGCCAUUSAAAUCGUACCUGAGUUUUCUGUCAUGUCAUGCCGUUUAUACAKUCUGUUCGUCUACAAGCGAUUUUCCGAUGGUUUGUUGCCCUUGUAGCUAUAAUUCUCAUCAUUGGAGUAUUCAAAAAUGUAAUACCACGGGAUUUCUACCAUCCUUUGCUGACCUAUAUACACUGUAAAGUAAACGGAACUGUUGAUGACAACCAAGACUCCAAGAGAAUUUUACUCUAUACAACAUGGUUUGGUAGAGUUCCAUGGUCUGACGAGCAGCAGUUACUGCAAUGUCCUCACAAAUGCUUGAUAACUUACAACAAGUGCGAGUUGCCGUAUAGCGAUGCAGUCGUUUUUCAUGCAAACAGCCUUAAGUUAGGACGUCUUGGAUUAAAACGAGUAGGAGAGUACUUGAGGCGAAGUCCACACCAGAGAUGGGUUUAUUAUACGCACKAAAGUCCACAAAAUAUCGACCAUGAUCCCGCUCAAUUUAACGGGUUUUUCAACUGGACGAUUACGUACAAAUCGGACUCGGAUAUAGUUUACCCUUACGGCCAUUACAGCGCUAUAGAAUCUAAGGAAAAAACUACUUAUAAAACCAACUAUGCCAAGGGAAAGGACAAACUUAUCGCUUGGGCAGUGAGCCACUGUGGAACUGUUAGAGAUAUAGUUGUAGAAAAACUCUUGAAGUUUCUUCCGGUUACAGAAAAAUAUAAGCGUUUGAAUAAGGCCUUACUUUACAAAGAACUGUAUGGGGCAGCCAUGACAGUGUCCUAA